AUGUCUCGGGAUUUCCACGCGUGUAGCACCGGAGACCUGGAUGAUGCAGCCUACAACGCGCUCAUUGUCGCUGAAAUCGGUCGCCUUCGUGCUCAGAUCAACGACAAGGCGGUCUGCGAACUGGCUUCUAGCCUGAACGAUGGCAAACCUUGCAUCGUCGAAUACCCUUCAAAGGUCGUUGGAUUAGGGGCUCUCACGGGGUGUGCCAACUACCACGCCCGCAUCCGCUUCGGCGAUGGGACCCCGUCCUGGCUCCUGCGAGUGCCGCGGGUUUCUGGCUUUGCCGUCGGGCUCCCCGUGUCACUCGCCGAAUACCUGAUCCGCAGCGAGUACGCAACUCUGAAGUUCCUGGAGACUACGGCAGUACCAGCACCGCGGGCCUUUUCAUUCGGCAUCCCGUCUCAAGGUACCGACCGUGGUGUUGGGGUUUGUUUUCUUCUCAUGGAGGAGUUGUCAGGCAAGCCUUGGGACGGUCAAGGAGACACCGCCAAAGUUUGGAAGGGUCUCGCCGAGAUCUUUACUGAAUUAGAGAAGCAUCCGUUCACUAAAGCGGGGUCUCUAUGUGUCGAGUCUCCUGACGACCUACCAUCGGUCUCUGCCACGGCCAGCGACAGGUUCGUCUGUCUUGAGCCCUACGGACCAUUCGAGACUUCGGCAGCGUACUAUACCGCCUGGGCCGAGCAGUACCUGGCGUUAAUUGCGGACGGUCAGCUCUACCCCCAGUUUCCUAUCGAAGCCUACUUGGUAUAUCGUUUUCUCCAAGACAAUGCGACCCAGUUGUCCGACCCCGAGGACAUGUUCUUUCUGAAACACGUGGACGACAAGGGCGAUCAUUUGAUGGUUGACAAAGACCUCAACAUUACCGGCAUCAUCGACUGGCAGAUGGCGCGCAUCGUUCCGCGACGAGAGGCAUUCGGGCUAUCCCUCGUAUCCGCCGACAUGAGAGCUCUUUGCGAUGGCAACGUCUCUCUUAGUGCCAAAGACAUUGCAUUGAGCGACGCUUUGCGCGAGAAGAGGGCGGAACUAGCAAUCCAGAUGGAAGAUGAGAAGGUGAGAAGAUUCUUCUGGGGCUUGGGGCUCGAGCCCAAAUGGGCCCACGCGUUACCGCUGGCAACUGCCAUCCUCCAGGUCUUCGGUAUCGAACAGGGGUGGGAUGAGUGGAAAGAGGUAGCAAUGAAGCGGUAUGGGGGCGAUGACCGCCUAAAGGCUCUUGUGAAAAAUUCUUCCGAAAAUAAAUCUUGGUAA